AUGUGCGACCAGAUGAAGGACACGUAUGGUUAUUGGGACCGCAUGAAACUUGCGGAUUGCGCCAUGGGUUUCGGCAAAGGCACCACUGGCGGCAAGGACGGCGAAAUCUACCUCGUGACGAGCAGUGACGAUGGUGACGUGGUCAGCCCAAAACCGGGCACAAUCCGCCACGCUGUCAUCCAAGAAUAUCCCGUGUGGAUCAUAUUCUCCGGCGAUAUGGUCAUUACUCUAAAGGAGGAGCUCAUCAUCACCUCCGACACGACGAUCGACGGUCGAGGAGCAAACGUCGUGUUCAACGGCCGCUCUGGUCUCACCAUACAAUUUGUCGAAAAUGUCAUCAUCCACGGUGUAACCAUUCGCGACAUGUCGCCGGGUGGAAACACGAUGGUCCGGUCGAGCACGAGCCAUUAUGGUUAUCGGAUGAAGUCCGAUGGGGAUGGCAUAUGCAUCUUCGGCUCAAAAAACGUGUGGAUUGACCACUGCAACCUGCAGAGCUGUACCGAUGGGCUCAUCGAUGCAGUCAUGGGGUCCACCGACAUCACUGUAUCGAACAACUACUUUGCCAAUCACAACGAGGUCAUGUUGUUCGGACACGCCGACAGCUACACGCCAGAUACGAACAUGAGAGCCACCAUCGCGUACAAUUACUUCGCUGAGGGGCUCACGCAGAGGAUGCCCAGAUGCAGGCAUGGGCAUUUCCACGUGGUGAACAACAAGUACGAGCGUUGGAAGAUGUACGCCAUCGGAGGGAGUGCGAAUCCAUUCAUCCUAGCCGAAGGCAACCAUUUCAUUGCUCCCGACGAUCCCUUUGCCAAGGAGGUGACCAAACAUGAAGUCGCACCGGAGAGUGAGUGGCAGGGAUGGUACUGGAGAUCGUACGGAAACACUGAGUCGAAUGGUGCGUUUUUUACCGAGUCAGGAGCCGAUUCCGAUUCCAUCUACCAAACGGUGUCGAGUCUCAGUACCCAGCCGCCCGAAUUCACGGAAAGCCUGAUCGCAAAUGUGGGCCCUCUAAACUGCAACAGCGGCCAAAACCCGAGACAGAUCAUAUGUUACUAA